AUGAGGGAGGAGGAAAUCGGCUUGGCUGAGCCCCUCUGCCAAAGCAAGGGCUGGCCUGCAAGUGGCCGCCAUCCCAACCUGUCAGCUUCAAAGGGGAAACGCUCCGGGCAAACAGCCAGCGCCUUCUGGCUGCCGCAGCGUCUCCCCUCCCCGACGCUGGUGCUUUCCUUCCCACUGCUUCGCUGCGAUCCAAAGCAGAGCCCGGCAGACUGGGAGCGCGGUGAGGCGGGGGGGAAGGAAAGCAGCAGCGGCGGGGAAGAGAAAUGUGGUGGCCAGAAGCAGCUGGCUGUUUGCCCGGAGUGUUUCCCCUCUGCCGCCGGGUGCCAGGGAGGGAAGCAGCAGCUUAGAGAUUGCGCUGAUCCCCAAUCUAGGAGCACACCGCUCCUUCAAGCAUCAGCACACCGUAACCGGAUCAUUGGAGGGGAGGAAUGCAGUGUGGACAAACAUCCUUGGCUUUCACUGAUGUUUCUCAGAGACAUGCCCAUGUGCUCUGCAGUAUUGCUCAACCAGGACUGGGUGAUCACAGCCGCUCACUGCUACACAAGUGAGAAUAUUGAGAUAUGGCUUGGAGUACAUAGUAAAGAGGUGUCCACAGGGUAUGAGCAGAUCAGGAACAACAAGAAUUGCUGCUUCAACACUAGAAGCCAAACAGCUUUACCUCCCGACAUCAUGCUAAUCCAACUGAGCAGCUCCGUUGACUUCAACGAGUAUGUGACCCCCCUCGCCCUGCCUACCAGCUGUCCUUCUGCGGGGGCAAAGUGCGAAGUAAUGGGCUGGGGUUCCAACACUGCCCCACAAGUGACUUAUCCUGAUGUUCCUUACUGUACUUCUGUUAAAAUAACCUCGGACGAGAAAUGUCAGGCUGCUUAUCCAGGGGGCGUGAAUGAGAACAUGGUGUGUGCCGGGGACAAGGAAGAAAGCAAAGGCGCCUGCAAGGGUGACUCUGGGGGACCCCUUAUCUGUAAUGGAACCCUCCAGGGCAUUGUAUCUUUUGGGAAUGGCCCUUGUACGGAACCGUCACACCCUGCUGUCUACACCAGCGUCUGCAAAAAUCUUGGCUGGAUUAAGACUGUUCUUGCAGGAGAUCAAGCUCAGUGCUUUCCCUGUCAGAAACCCUGAUAGAAACCUCUUGAGUUGUGUUGCACGGAAAUCGCCCCCCUGCAAACGCCUCUUUUCACCUCUGUCCUUUCACCCAUAGUAUUGAUGUGAAUUCAGUUCGUCCCUGGGUCUGCCUUUUAGUCAAUCAAACAGACUCAGUGGGAAUCAUUUAAAGGCUUUUAUUGCUACUGCAGUUUUAGCAAUAGGUAAUCACUGAGCUUACGCUCUCAAACGGAUUACAGUUGGUUAUAGGUGCAUCUUACAUUUAUACAAACAAUCUGAAUGAUGCUGACACCCUAGACACAGUAUACGUGACAAUAAAAUGGUGGUCUAAGUAUCUAGUACGCAUGCAAAUGAUUCAUUGUUCAUCUGGUGAUUACUCCUU